AGCGAUCGCUACAUUAGAAACAUAUUUUUAUUAACAGUUGGUAUUGUUGGCACAUCAUCCGGUUAUGGAGUGUAUAGGCCUUUUGCUUCCGGAAAAUCAUGCCGUUCGAAAGAUUCGUUGAAUCUGGCCGCGUGGCUUACGUGAGCGAUGGCCCGCACCUGGGUAAAUUGGUUACAAUCGUAGAUAUCAUUGAUCAAAAUCGGGUUUUGGUUGAUGGUCCCUCCACAAGUGUUCCACGUUGUGAGAUGAGGUUAAAUCAGCUGCAUCUAACUAAAUUCCGAUUAAAUUUCCCAUAUACUGGAUCCACUCGCGUUGUACGUAAAGCUUGGGAUGCUGCAAAGAUCAGUGACCUCUGGAAAGAAACUAUGUGGGCAAGAAAAGUUGAAGCUAAGAAGAAGCGUCUGGAAUUGAGUGAUUUUGACCGCUUUAAGUUAAGAAAAGCAAGACAAAUUCGAAAUAAAUUACGAACGGACGCAUUCUAUAGAAUAAAAAAGAAGGUUAAGAAAGUAAAAACUACAGGAGCAAACAAAAAAGUGGAAAAGAAGUGAUUUUUUGUUGUAUGAAAUAAAUACAAAAUUAUCUUA